AUGAUGACUGAAUUAAGGGGUGAUUAUUUAGUUAGAUUUGAUAAAUAAUUAGGAAAAGGUUCCUUUGGAAGUGCAUAUUAUUGUUAUAGAUAGGAUAAUCCUAAAGAAGAGUUUUGCAUUAAAAUCAUUAAAAAAUCUGAAUUAAAUGAUCCAAAAAAAGAUAGUUUUAAUAAGAAACAAAUAUAAGCAGAAAUAAUGGUUGUGAAAAAUUUAUAACAUUCUGAUAGUGAAAAUUUAGUUAAAUUAAUUGAUUUUUUAGAGUCAUCUUAAGAAUUAUGUAUCAUAAUGGAAUUAUGCGAUUAUAAUUUAUAUUAAUAGUAAAAUUAGUUAAAAAAACAAUAAUAAUGGUUCACAAGAUAAGAAUAGAUUGAUAUAAUUAGUUAAAUUUUAAAAGGAGCCAGAGUAUUAAUUGAAAAUAAAUUUGUUCAUAGAGAUAUUAAACCAUAAAAUAUUCUAGUGAAGGUAAUUAAUAAAGGAUUGCCAAAUUAAAGAAGAAUAUAUAAAGUUUAAAUUUUUAAUAUUCAUAUUAGUUAGCUGAUUUUGGUUUAGUUAGAGCCUUGGAUGAUAUUUACAAAAAAUCUGAUUUGACUAGAGUUGGCACUUUUCUCUAUUGUGCUCCUGAAAUUGUUCAUAAUUUAAAAUUUUCUGCUAAGUGUGAUAUAUUCUCAUAUGGAGUUGUAUUUCAUUAAAUUGUUUUCAAUGGAGCAUUUCCUUAUAAUUAUUCAAACGAAUAAUAAAUGAGGUGUUUUCUUAAAAAAAUUUAAAAAGAACCUUUUAAUUGUAAAAAAUUAUAAGAUGAAUAAGGCAAUAUGCUAACAGAUUUAAUUGAUAAAAUGUUACUUUAUAAUUAAGAUGAUCGAAUUUCUUUUGAAAAAUUAUUAAAUCAUUAAAUAGUCACAAUUAAAUCUUCAAUGUAAGAUUCUCUUUUAAUUAAUAUCGAAAGAAAAUUUGACAAAGAAGAAAUGGAAACUUAAAUGAAUGAUAAUUAGUAAAGUAAGUUUGAUAAAAUAUAUUGUAUGAUUGAUUUCUUUUAUAGAAAAUAUCUACUCUGUUAAUCAGUUUUUGAAUAUAUUAAAAAAACUUUAAACAUUAAUAACCCAAAUUUUUUCAUCAUUUCAUAAAUAAUUGGAAAGAUUGGUCUAGAAGAAAUUAAGUUCGCCUUUGCUAUGUUAUUCAUUAUAGUAGCUGACUUUUAAAACUUUAUCAAAAAUGAACAUGAUGUUCAUCAUCUAAACCAAAUUCUCAUAAAUUAUCUUGAAUAUUCAAAUAAUAGUUAAAAAGAUUAGGAUUUACAUCAAAAAAUUAAAAAAUCCUUUUAUUUUCUUUAAAAAGAAAUACAAAAUGAUUACAAUUCAUAAAUUAGUAAUUUAUAAAAACUAGGAAACAAUAAUUAACUAAAAUAAUUAAUUGAUUUUUUAAAGGAAUCAUAAUUUAAAAAAAUUCAAAUUCAAAUUUACUGCUAAACUUUAUAAGAAUUUCUUAAUAGUUAGUAAAUCAAUCUUGAAGUUUUUAAUUAGUAAAUAUAUUUUAUUUUUCAUUUUAGAAAGAUUUAAAAAAAUAUUUAAAAUAUCAUAACAAUAGAGACUAAAUAUGAAAUUUAAAAAUACUAUUUUAUCAAUCCUGACGAGAUUUUCGAGAUUAAAAAUUAAUGA